AUGAACAGUAACUUCUGCCGGGCCCUGGUGGACCGGAGGCCCGCGGGGCCCCCUAGCUGCAUGCAGCUGGGCGUCGUGCCCCCGGCCGGGCAGGGGCCGCUGGCCCCCGCCGAGCCCCUGGGCAGCGUGCCCUUCCUGCUGUACCCGGCGCCCGCCGAGCCGCCUUACUACGACGGCUACGCUGGGGUGCUGCCCUGCGUGCCCUUCCCCGGCGCCUUCGGGGUCUACGACUGCCCCUUCGAGCCCGCCUUCAUCCAGAAGCGCAAUGAGCGCGAGCGGCAGCGCGUCAAGUGCGUCAACGAGGGCUACGCGCGCCUCCGCGGCCACCUGCCCGGCGCCCUGGCCGAGAAGCGGCUCAGCAAGGUGGAGACGCUGCGCGCCGCCAUCCGCUACAUCAAGUACCUGCAGGAGCUGCUGAGCGCGGCCCCGGACGGCACCCCGGGCUCCGGGCCCCCCGCGCCGCCCGGCGGCUCCCAGCCCGACUGCCUCGGCGACGGCGAGGCCGGGGCGCCGCCCUCGCUGGUGCCCGAGCCGCCCGCGUCCUCCCGCUUCUCCUCCUCUCCUUUCUUCGAGUCAGAGGAAUCCAGCCACUGAUCGGGCCGGUGGCCGCCCUGGCCUCUGGGGAUCCGCGAGCCCCGCCCCAGCCUCGGGGCAGAGCCCUAAAUGUUGGGGCUCCGCUUGGGCCCGAGGUGUCGGACAGAGCCCCGGUGGAGCCGCGAGCACCCCCGAGAGCGUGCUGGGGGCCCGGCCUGGGACAGCUCGGCGCGCGCGCGGCGGGGGCACCCGGGACUGAGGUGCCCUGGCUGGCGCUCCUGCUCGGCCUCAGCUGCCUGGAGGAAAGUCCGCGCCCAGCCUGGCUCCAGAGGCUCUGCUCGGUUCUCUGCGAGUCCCCGGGACGCCAGCCGCGCUCCAGUUCGGAGGCGCCGUGCUGCGGCCCUCCACCAGAUGGCCUCCGAGGCUCGCGACCGCGCAGGGAGCCCGCCGGCCCCUCGAGAGAGGAGCCCCGCACCGCAGGAACGGACAUUCUCGGAAGGAGGCCACGUGUGUCCACUCACGGGUCUCUGGUUCUCUGAGGGAGGGCGAUCGAACCCUCACACACGUACCCCAGCCCUCCGGGUGGCUUCUCGGGGGUUUUCCUAGGCUGAGUGCAGUUUUUGCCCUAAGGCUUGCAAGCCUCUGGGGUCCGGUUGGCGCUGUUUGCACCUGAGGGCUAAAUAAAAGGACUGUCGUGAU